GCUGAUUGCAAGUUGUGCAAACUUGAGACGGUUCUGAUUAUGCUUAUGUUUAUUCCUUGUCCUUGUGACAGGUUACGAAGGUGAUGGCUAAAAUGGCUUCCGCAGAUAUAGUAUGUGUAGGGCCCAAGUCCGUACGAGAAAAAUUCACGGGCAUCAUUAGGCAACAAGAUGUCAGAGCGACGGAGAUUGACAAAGUAGAAAUGCACUCCUCUUUCCGUCCUGGCGACAUAGUCAAAGCUUUAGUUCUGUCCCUUGGUGAUGCUCGAGCUUAUUAUUUGUCGACUGCAAAAAAUGAACUUGGUGUUGUUUCAGCAGAAAAUGUUGCAGGUGCAACAAUGGUUCCUAGAUGCAGUGCCCUCUAACAGGUCAAACUGAGCAUAGAAAAGUCGCGAAGAUCGACGUCGUCUGAAAAUAGGAUCCCAAAUUGGGAAAUUGGUGGAUGGGCUUUGGUGAUAGCACCUUAGUGGGCUACUGGCCCACCGAGCUAUUCACCCAUCUAACGGGCCGGGCCACGAUGGUCGAGUGCAGCGGCGAGGUCGUGAAUUCCCGGGGCAACGACCAACACACGUCGACCCAAAUGGGCUUGGGCCAUUGCGUGGAAGCUGGGUUCGGUAAAGCAAGCUAUUUUCGUAACCUAGAGAUCGUUGACUCCGACAAUAGUCUAAGAUCGGCCCAAGAUAUAUCAACUUUGGCCGAGAGCACGAAUUGUUACUACAUCAAGAAAAAGCCCGCAGUGCCCGUAAUCAUAAGGCAUCCGGCCCAGCCCGAAGUCCGAAUUCUUUUUCUAGUUUACUAAGAUUUGUAGAAUUGGUGCUAUUUCCAAUUCCGACCAUGUUUUUGCUCGUUUCGAUUUUCAAGUUUUGUAUGUGUUUGUGGGGAAGGAAGUGUAUUAGAUAAGCAUAAAACAGGUAAGGAAAUAGUUAUAUUUUAUUUGGAAAAAGGUAAUUAUUAAU